CGCCGCUGGCCACCGACGAGCCUCCCGCGCCAGCUCUCGCCUUCGACCUCGUCCCUCCAGUACCUCCACCAUGACCUCGUUCACCGAGCCGAGCCUCGUCCCGCCGACCCAGCUCCCCGUCGACCACAAGGCCCUGUCGCGCUACCUCCGCUCGCGCCAGCUCGCCGCCCUCCGCCACCUGUACGAGUACAAGACGCUCGCCGUCACCCAGCAGAUCGAGGAGCACGCCGCGUCGCAGCGAGGGCGCCACGGCCGCGCUCGCCGUCGCAGGGGCAGCACGCCGCCAGUCGACCCGCGCGACAUCGAGGCCGAGGAGGAGGAGGACGACCUCGAGGUCCGCAAAAAGAUGCGCUACGACCCGUCGGGCGACGACGACGUCGACGAGCCGAGCCCACCUCGGCAGGACGAGGCCGAGUCGUCGACCACGCCCGCCAAGCGCGCCGCCGCCGCCGUCCUCCACCUGUCGGCGGCGAGGCGCGAGGACGACGAGGCCAAGGUCGACCCGGCCCAUGUCUACGACUACGUGUUCGACCUCGCACCCGAGGCGGGCUCGGACGCCUACUACCACGGCGUGCAUCCUCCCCCGCCAGCCCGGGUCGUCCACACGGUCCUGCGCGCGACCCGCAAGAAGCCGUUCGUCGACCCCUCGAGCCUGUCGACCGCCCAGCUCGAGACCCUCACUCGCGAGCUGUGGGCGUCCGAGGGGCUCGGCCUCCCCGUCACGUUCGGCGACGCCGGCUCGUCGACUACGGCGACCGGCCGGCGCAAGCGCGCCGCCGAGCAGCCGCUCUCGCGCGACCAAGAGCGGUACCAGCGCGAGCUGCACGCCGAGGCGGCCGAUGAGUGGGAGCACGGCGUCAUCGCGGCGUUCGCGGCGACGUGCGACGAGCGCAUCGGCGAGACGCUCGCGCGCAAGCCCAUGACGGCGCGCGAGAUGCAGGCGCAGGCGCAGCUUCAGGCGGCGCAGCAGCAGGCCGAGGCGCAACAGCGCCAGCAGCAGCAGGGUCCAGGGCAGGCGGGUGCGGGACAAGGAGGCGGCGCAGGACAGCCGCAGGGAGGAGGUGUCGGGCAGCAGGGGCAGGUGGCAGGGCUGCAGGGGUACGCCGGCGCGCCGUCGCUCAGCCCGUAUGUCGAGCGGGACCGGUUCAUCGCGACGAGCGGCGCGCCGGCCUGGAGGUGGUGA